GUGUCCGGGUUUUAAGAAGAUAAGUUGUACCUUUUGUCAAGCAUUCAAACAUGACGGAGACGCUACAUAUGAAUGCCGGGUGUGUCCACCGAAGUUGUGUGUACCUUAGCACCACACAAUAGGGAAGGACAAAAGCAAGGGAUUGAACUCACGGUUUGAGGCUAUUAUGUGAAUCAUAGCCGUCCACGGCAUCAUGCACUCAGCUUGUGCUCCACCACAUCGAUCGACCGCCAUUGAAGAUUCACUUGCCCUAGGCUGGUUACAUUUCACACUUCUGUAUCAGAAUUCAGCGCGGAUCUGUUACACUUUCAGCAGUAAAAAAAAUCCACCCGUUGACUGGGCAAAUCAUUCGGAACCUUAAGUGGAACUGAAAGCAGAUGAGACGAGUGACGAUGAACUUACUUUUGAUGGAUGGGACGAGAUGCUUCGAUUUUUGAUGAAAUUUUGGAUUAUCUAUAGCAUACAUGGCCACCCCCAGAAUCGCUGGCUACUAUGUCGCGUUGAAUGGGAGUCAUUGUAAGAGCUAAAAUAACUUUUACAGAAGUUGAGGCUAUUGCCGUAGGUGAUCCUCACUACUACACCUUUGACGGCCGCCACUUCACCUUCCAGGGUUACUGUGAGUAUCUGUUUGCCUCAGAUUGCAUAGCGGAUAACUCACAGUUUGAAGUGGUGGUUGUCAACCAGCAAAGUUCCAGCAGUUUCCAGACGGCAGUCACUCAGUCUGUGCGCAUCACCAUUGGUGACACGGUAAUUCAGCUUCAGCGAGGCAGACAGCAGUUGGUCAAUGACAUUGCUAUCAACACUCCAGCAUUCUUAGGAAAUGACAUCAGUAUCAGGAGAACCGGUCUGCAGACGUCUAUUUUGACCCCUCUUGGACUGCGAGUGAAGUGGGACGGCUCUACCGGGGUGAAGGUGCUUCUGAAUGGAACUACCUACGGGAUGAUGAUGUGCGGCCUUGGAGGAGACAACGAUGGAGACCCUAAUGAUGACUUCACUUCCAGCUCUGGAUCACUAUCUUCCUUGUUGGCAUUUGCCAAUAGCUACAUAGCUAAUCCAACACAGUGCCCUGAGACAUCAACGAGCAUACCAAGUCCUUGUGACAGCAACUCAACUGUUGCUGCUAUUGGAGCAAUGAUCUGUAAUGACAUCAUAAGAUCUGAUGGUCCAUUUGCUGCAUGUGCUGAAGCAAAUCCAACAUAUGCGAGUUACUUCUAUAGCGAUUGCCAGUACGAUGUAUGUGCAUCUUACCCUGACACAUCCCAAGCGUGUGACACUAUUGCAGCUUUUGUGGACACCUGUAAUGCUCGAGGCUACCCUCCAUCUGAUUGGCGUUCAUCAAGCCUUUGCCCGAUUGCAUGCCCUGCAAACUCUUCGUACAGCACAUGCAGCAAUGAUUGCGAGUUGACAUGUGCUGACUACCGCCGCGGCAACCAGUUGGAAACUGCAUGCGAUGAGCUGCCCUGUGUUGAAGGCUGUGUGUGCAACAAUGGCUACUACCAAGAAGGGGAUAGUUGUGUUCUGCCAGAGGAAUGUGGAUGUGUCUACCAGGGCAACUAUUACAAUGUAAAUGAAUCAUUUUUGAUGGAGGGAUGCGAAAAUACUUGCACUUGUGGAACUGGAGGAGUAACCACCUGUAAACCUAGUAACUGCAGUGUUAAUUCGGUGUGCCAGAUCAUCAAUAAUGCCUAUACCUGUGUCUGUACAGAAAGCUAUGAAGGAGAUGGUUAUACUUGUGAACGUGCUUGCGAGGCAAAUCAAUUCAAAUGUCCUGAGGGAACCUGUGUACCAAGUGAAUGGAUCUGUGAUGCCUUCCCUGGAGACUGCAAUGACUUCUAUGAUGAGGACGAAACACUUUGCUGCAAUAUUAUGAAUGUAACAACUCACUGCCCCAAGCCAGACUAUUACCGUUGUCCAGAUGGUGUCUAUAUACCAAACAGCUACCUGUGUGAUGGCAUUCCUUAUGACUGUGGUAACAAUAUGGAUGAAUCAGAAGAAGUUUGCAGAGGAGUUUGCCCGUAUCCAGGUGACCUGGCAAAUGGACGAGUCGGUCCACAAAAGUUUCAGUACCGUGACGGAGAGAGCAUAUUCUUCCAGUGCUUCAGUGGAUAUACCAGAGUUGGACCUAAUGAGAUUAUGUGCAACAAUACCAUAUGGUCUGAUGACUUGCCCAUCUGCUAUGAAAACUGCAUCAUUCCUGUACCUCCGGCCCAUGGUUUUGUGGAUGCCAUUGCUUUCAACCACAGUGAUAUUAUUGGAUUUUCCUGUGAAGCCGGCUACAUGCUGGACCCAGCCAAUGCAACCUUGGCCUGCAACAAUGGCCAAGUGAAUGGAACCAUACCCGUUUGUUUAGAUAUCAAUGAGUGUGCCUCUGCACCCUGCCUGAAUGGUGGAACUUGCUUGAACAAAGUUAAUGCUUAUGAGUGUGUUUGCACUUCAUCAUGGACCGGAGUCAACUGUGAAACAGACGUUGAUGAGUGUAUGGUUGGGUUGGACACAUGCCAUGCUAAUGCUGAAUGCACAAAUACAAUUGGAAGCUUUACCUGUGCCUGCAGUGAGGGUUAUCGAGGAGAUGGUUUUGAUUGUAAAGAAAUAAUCCUCUUCCCAUUUGGCCUUGAGAAUGGCGACAGGUCUUUGCGAAACAUAAAUGAAGUGGUUGACUUUGAAGUUGUGUCACAGACAUUCCGACCGGAAACAGGCUUCCCAUUCGGCAGAUUGUUCUACCCAGGCCUCUAUUUUAUGGACAAUGGCUUGCUCAUUCUACUCAACGAGAAUGACGACAAGUUGGGUUUCCCAAACCCUUUCCCGGGGGGAUUCACAGACAUCAAUACCGUUCCAAUGGUGGCGCCAUUUUGGGCUGACACCGACCUUAGCGCAAACCAAGGAGACGUUUUCUACCAGGUGUACGAACCUUCAGCCUCAGGGACUGAGGCAAGAGACGCUGUUUUAGCUGAUGCCAGUUCCAGAAUUAGGAUCCAGUAUGCGCCUUCUUUCUUUUCCUUUAAUGCCACUUGGAUGCUGGUUGUAACAUGGUACCAACUGCCAUCUUUCAUCCAGCAAAAUGAAACCAACACAUUCCAAGCUGCACUAGUAACUGAUGGCAUCUAUAGCUUUGCCAUUUUCAAUUACCGGGAGGGGGAAAUGCUCUGGGACUAUGAAACCCUUGCCAGUACAGAUCUCAUCAUCGGUUACAACGGUGGGUCAGGCACCUACAUCAAUGCCCAACUGGAAAAUCCACCCUUUGCUACACGAGCUGAUGCCUUCCGACCUGAUCAAAACCUUGGAAACACUGGACUCAAGGGCCGGUGGAUCUACCGACUGGAGAAUAACACUGACGACACAAUCAAUCCCAAAGGGUUCUGUCUGGACUGGUACAACAGGCAGCCUCAGCCAAGCACCUGGGAUCGUUUCCUUGGGACGUGCCCGUGCUCAUUCGACCAAGGUCGGAAUGAUAGAUCUUAUGGGCGGAGGGCUUCUUCCAGAGGGCGUGUUUCAUCAGCAGCAUCCAGAGCUCCUGGCCGGUUUAGCCAAGAACUCCUAGAUCAGAUUGAAGCAUUGGAGGGACAACCGUUCUGUCUGGUGACAGAGCUCUCACCUUCCAUGAAUGGUGCUGGUAUGCGAUGCUGCUACCGUGAGGAUCGGUCAUUGAUUCUCGGCUAUGAAACAGAUUUCCUCAUCAGUGUGGAAGAGAGAUAUCUGUUCAACUUCCAAGGAGAAGUUUCAGAGUAUGAGCCACAGCUCAUCAAUUGGUUGUUGGAAGACUACUUUCCACGACACUACUGCUGUAAUGCAGCAAAUGAUGAAGCCUUCUGUGACAGGUACUUUGAGAGACGGCCCGCGGGCUCCUGUAAUGGUUAUCUGCCUCCAAACAUAGGAUGGACAAUUGGUGAUCCUCACAUCGAGACCUUGGAUGGCAAUGCAUACACAUUCAACGGCCUUGGCGAAUAUGUGCACAUUACCUUCCCAGACGGUAGCGGUGGCACCAUCUUUGAGGUACAGGGUCGCACUGCUCAGGCCCUAGAUGUGCAGACACAACAGCUCACUCGGGCCACCAUAUUCACUGCCUUUGUUGCCAAGGCCAAUGAUGCCCAAAAGGUCCAGAUGACUUUGAACACUGAUGGUUCUGAUGUCGACCUACGUGUGGAUGAUGUCCUAUUUAACAAAACACUGUUUGUUGAUGGAAAAUACAACUUAAACGGCACACUACAACUUUCUGUUCAAGAAGUCAAUGGCACCUCAAGGUACAUAGCUUACUGGCUGAAUGGGAUGUCCAUCAAUGUAGGCAGUGUUAGUGGAAUCCUGGACAUGGUAUUUUCUGCUCCUGAAACAUUCAGGGAUGGUUCCAGCCGGGGCUUGCUAGGUGUGUGGAAUAAUGAUCCUAGUGAUGAUUUUAUGAGGGUGGAUGGCAUGCUACAAUCACCAACUGGUGCUGGGAGUAGUUAUACGGAAGCAGACUACUUCACUUUUGGCGAAUCAUGGAGAACAACAGCUGCCACCUCUCUGUUCUACUAUGAAGCCGGCGAAUCCUGGGACACAGUUAAUGAUGAGACGUUCAUGCCAUUGUUCCUGGACGACCUGAUAGCUGCCGCUGAUCCAGCCUAUCUGACUCAGGCCCAAACAAUGUGUGGGAGUGACAACCAGUGUCUCUAUGAUGCCCUGGCCACCAAUAGCCUUGUCCUUGGGGUGGAGACAAUGUCGCAGAACCAGGAAUUCACAAAUGAAGCUGGAGAUCUUGCUAACUUCCCACCCAACAUCACUGGCCCCAACAUCCUGCAAGCUGUUGUUGGAGAGCAGGUCACCUUGACAACAACAUCAUUUGACCCAGAAGGCCAGUCCAUCACAUUCUCCCUAACAGAGAAUAUUCUCAAUGGCUCUAUUGAUCAGAAUGGUGUCUUUGCGUGGAACCCACAAAAUUUGAAUAAAGUGAGGGUUGGCAUCCGGGCAUUUGAUGGUGAGACCAAUUCAGUCUUGGAGCCUACUGUCAAACUAUGCGACUGCCAAAAUGGUGGCACCUGCAUGUAUGACCAGUACACAGAGAACUCCAAUGUUGUUGUGGACAAAUUUGCUGUUGUUGUGUGUGCCUGCACCUUGGCCUGGACUGGCGACUUCUGCGAGACUGACCGUAAUGGUUGUGAGGAUGACCCUUGCUUUCCAGGCAUCACAUGUGUGGAUGCUCUUGCCCCAUUGGAAGGGAACACCUGUGGGCCCUGCCCAGAUGGUCUGGAAGGGGAUGGUUUCAAGUGCUAUGAUUUGGAUGAGUGCACCCAACCAGGAGGAUCACCAUGUGAACAGAUCUGCAACAACAUCCUUGGGGGUUUCCGCUGUUCCUGUGAAACUGGCUACGAGCUUCACCCAGAUGCACGCACAUGCCUUGACAUUGACGAGUGUGACCUCCAGACAGACAAUUGCCAUGAAUUUGCCACCUGUGCCAAUACCGCCGGCAGCUUUACUUGCACCUGCAGUGAAGGAUUCUCGGACACAAAUGGGGAUGGAACAUUAUGCGAAGACAUUGAUGAGUGUUUCAAUGAAGUCCCUGUCUGUGACACAAACUCAGAGUGUACAAACACUGUUGGCAGUUAUUCCUGUAUCUGUGACACUGGAUAUGAGAAGAUUAGUGGAGUGUGUCAAGACAUCAAUGAGUGCACGCGAGGCCUGCAAAACUGCAGCAGUCUGGCCACCUGCACCAACUCCCCAGGCUCCUACUUCUGCACUUGUAAUAGCGGCUUUGAAGGGGAUGGGCGGGACUGCCAGAACAUUGAUGAAUGCAUGCUGGCUAUACGCCCCUGCCAUCCUCGCGCAGUGUGCGAGGACAAUUUCGGGAGCUACGUCUGUGUGUGCAACCCCGGCCAGAUCGGAGAUGGAAUCAUGUGCAUGGAUGUGGAUGAAUGUUUAGCCAACACUGAUGAUUGUGCUGCCGGCACAGCCAUGUGCACCAAUACCCAAGGAUCCUACGAGUGUCGCUGUUACGAAGGCUACACUGGUGAUGGUUUCAUGUGUGAAGACAUCGAUGAGUGUACCAUCAAUGCUACCAUUUGUUCAGUCAAUGCCAAGUGCCAAAACACCCCUGGCUCCUAUGACUGCACUUGUAAAGAUGGCUACAUCGGAAAUGGUGCAGAAUGCUACGAUAUGAAUGAGUGCACUGAAGAAGUGGACACUUGUAAUGAUACCUUGGGACUGUGCAUCAACACCAUAGGGUCCUACACCUGCCGUUGUGUUGUUGGCUAUGAAGGAGAUGGCCGGACGUGCACAAAUAUUGAUGAGUGUACUGCAAAUACAGACGACUGUGAGCAGAUUUGCACUGAUACCAUUGGAAGUUUUGUCUGUUCCUGUCGGUCAGGUUUUACCGUCGACAUGACAGCAACAAAUCUUUGCCAAGACAUUGACGAAUGCAGCCUUGCCAUUGACAACUGUACACAAGGAUGCAACAACACUGUUGGCAGCUUUGAGUGUUUCUGCUUCGAUGGUUUCCGAAAGGACAAUCAGGGCACCUGUGUCCCUGAUUCUGUGUGCAUCAGUAAAAUCUGUACCAACGGCGACUGCUAUGUUUUAAAUGGCAUGGAACUCUGCGCAUGCUAUGAUGGAUACAAAUUAGACGGCAGCAAUGAUACCCUGUGUAUCAAUAUUGAUGAAUGUACAGAUAUGCAAUACCCAGAUGCCUGUGACCAGAUUUGCAUUGAUGCUAUCCCAGGAUACACCUGUGAUUGUAACACAGGUUACAGGCUAACAACUGGAGGACGACUGUGCGAAGAUAUCAAUGAGUGCAUAGAGGGCACAAGCACCUGCGAUGCAGUAUCUGAGAAUUGCUUCAACACAGAUGGAAGCUUUGUCUGCAACUGUAAGAGUGGAUUCGUGACAAAUGGGACCAUCUGUUCAGACAUCAAUGAAUGUGAGGGUGUCAACCUUUGCAGUGCUAAUGCUGCAUGCACCAACUUGCCUGGCACAUAUUCCUGCACGUGUCUCAGUGGCUAUUCGGGAGACGGACAAACAUGCGUUGACAUCAAUGAGUGUGCAUCAUCCUCCCUGAAUGAUUGCAGUGUUAAUUCUGUGUGCACCAAUCUACCAGGCUCAUACCGGUGUGAUUGCCUGACAGGAUUUGAGUUCAAUGGAACUGUUUGCAAUGACAUCGAUGAGUGUGUUGUUGGCCACAACUGCUCUGCUCUAGCUAUGUGUGUUAACACCCCCGGGUCAUACCAGUGCCCUUGCCUCAGUGGCUACGAAGGAGAUGGAGCUGUUUGUAUCGAUGUGAAUGAAUGCACACUCUCUUCCACGGAUGCCAGGGCUGACGACUGCCAUGCAGAUGCCACUUGCACCAACACAGAGGGAGGGUAUCUUUGUGCAUGUAAUAGUGGUUACUCAGGCAAUGGAACAUCAUGUACAGACGUCAAUGAAUGCAACAUUCCAGACAGCUGUGCUGCAAACAGCACAUGUGACAACACACCUGGUGAUUACGUCUGCACUUGCAAUGAGGGUUUCAGCGGUGAUGCCCGAGUGCAGUGCUUUGACAUCGAUGAGUGCUUGGAUUCCCCGUGUGACAACAAUGCCCAGUGCAGUAACAGCAUCGGGAGCUACACUUGCACUUGUCACAAUGGCUAUGUUGGGACUGGAUUCAACUGCACAGAUGUUAAUGAGUGUGCAUCAGAUGACACCAAUGACUGUCAUCCCUUGUCGACAUGUAUCAACGUUGACGGUAGUUUCACAUGCCGCUGCAGAGAUGGCUAUGUGACAAGUGAUGGGUUUUCACCAGGCAGAGAGUGUGAAGAUGUAAAUGAAUGUGCGUUUGAGACGGACACAUGUGAUCCAGUCAAGGAGGUGUGUAUUAACAACUUUGGCAGCUUUACCUGCAUGUGUGGAAAUGGUUACGAAGGAACUGUUGGCGCAUGCACUGAUGUCAAUGAGUGCGAGAACAAUCCGUGUGAAUCUCAAGUCAACACCCGCUGCCAAAACCUUGCUGGGACAUAUCGCUGCUUGUGUCAAACAGGCUUCUUUGAAUUCUUCGGCGUCUGCACAGCUGGUGUCUCAAAGACAGUGUAUGCACUAUUCACAGACAUCGUUGGGUUCGAAGUUAACGAUUUGUACUUUAAUUACAAUGACACAACAAUCUACCAGAUCCCACUAUCUGCAGAUCUGGAUGCUCAUUUCAAUGCGAGUAUGCUCAGAGACUACCAGUCCGUCUUUGUCAACUCCAUUACCAUGGCUGGCCAGGUAGCUCGGGUCAUCAUGACCCUGACUUUCCUUCCAAACUCAUCUGUCAGUGACAUGGAAAUCAUUGACGCCUUUGUGAGUCGUCUGACUGGGAGAGAUAACAAUGUCAUCCUGCCAGACAGCAGGGUGUUCAACACUAGCUUUGGUGUUGGGGAUCCAAUCAUCAAUCCAUGUGAAGAAGGCACGUUCCAGUGUCCAGAGAAUGCUGUUUGCGUGUUUAAUGGCAUCAGUAAUGAGCAUACCUGCAUGUGCGCGGAUGGGUGGAGCGGAUCUGGAAAUGAGACCUGCAUAGAUGUCGAUGAGUGUCUGACUGCCCCGUGCACUGGCCGUGGAGAGAUGUGUGUCAACUCACCGGGGAGUUACAGUUGUGAUUGUCGUGCCAUGGAUGGUUUCCAGAGGGUUGGAGGCAUGUGUGUCUUGUUCAUCACAUACGAUGGACGUUUCACCGUGUACGAGGUCAACAGGAUUGCCGGAGAUGCCCAGUACCUCCCUGCACUGGGUGACCCAACAUCACCAGAAUUCCUGGACCUUUCACUAAGAGUCUGUGGUGUGAUUCGCUACACCAUUCUUCUGGAACGCUCCUUGCAAAAUUCUUACUACGACUGUCAAGUGAUAAACUUCACCAUGGCCGACCAAGGCACGGAGGCAGAAUUCCUGAUCUUGUUCAUUGACAACGUGAUGACGAGUGGCUCUGAGCUCCAGCAGCUAGUGAUGAACCAGUUAGACAGUAACAAUGUGAUUGUGUCCGGCACUACAACACUGGGCAACCUCACCCUGGCACCAUCAUCCAUUGUUAUCACAGAUAUCAAUCCUGCCUGCACAGACACAUACUGUCUGAAUGGGGGUACAUGCGAAAAUGCUGGAGACUUCCGAAGAAACUGCACAUGUCCUGAGGGGUAUGCUGGCAGUAGGUGUGAAAUAGCUCCAACAACAGAAGUCCCUAUAACUCAACCAGUAACAACACAAGCGGUGACUCCAGCAACUGUUCCAACAGAGCCACCAGACAUUGCAACAACAGGACUACCGCAGACAACAGCAGCACCCGGAGGAGGUUUGACAACACUGCAGAUUAUAGGCAUAGCCUUGGGACUGGCAGCCUUUGUUCUGCUGAUCAUCCUAAUGUGCCUGUGCAUGCUUGUGAUGGUGCGUCGCCGACAGGCUGAGGCCCGUCGACGCGCAGAUUACUUCCAAGCCCCGUCGGACCGCAUGAAGAUCUUCUACAACCCGCCGCUGGGUGCCACGCGCAUCUCUGAGUACCGCGGGUACCUGCAGCCCGAUGAGUACCUCGGGGUGGACAAUGAGUCUGUCAGUGACGACAGCAGCUUUAUUGCCUCUCUGGGCCAGCGUAGCGAGGAGGAGAGUCGUAUGCGACAUCUUGCCAAUGUUAUCACUCAGUCUCCAUACCUGAAUGAGCGUAUGAGGGCCAGAAUAUCCAGUAUGGUAUCUCAAGAGCCGCCACGUCUCCCUCAGUCAGAAUUUGUCCGUCCAUAUAUUGCCACUGGACGAGAAGCUGCUGAAGUUGAAGUACACAGAGAUCCGGAGGAUCAACCACCCCGAAGACCCACUACCAGAUUGCCAGAACGCCAGACAUCUUUCCGGAUACCACGAGCCCAGUUCUACUGGGACUCCAAUACUGAAAGCUUCUCUUAAAUUUGGACACUGGCCUCCUCAACAUGAACUGCUCAGAAAAAUCCUGCAUUUUCCUCUUCAGCGUCUCUCUAAUGUGUGUGUCAGUAAAAGGGAAACAUCAGUAUUAGAAACUAUCAGUUCAGACUUUUGCACAUGUGCAGAACUUCUUGAAUGAGUAGAACACAGCACUUCAUGUUGUUAAAGGCCAAACCAAACAUGGAUACACUGUACUCCAAUUUGCCUUGAAGCAAAAAGGGAGAGCUGAGUCAUUAGGUGUGCACCCCAGUCACUCCUUUGGUGCAUGGCUAAUUGGAGUAUAUUCCUAACCUGAUUUUGUUGCCAUUUAAAAAGAUUGUGUAAAACAUAUUUGAACAUCUGUGAAGUUUGUAAGGUGCUGCCGUCUUAUACUGUGGUCAGUGACAGUGGUGACCAGUCACUUAUUGUCAAGUCAGUGCUGUGACUGUGACAUUUGUUACCUACACAAUCCCAGGAGUGGUUGUGGUGAUGACAGACAUUGUUUACUUAAUAUCAAGUGAGGAAUGGUGGAUUUGACUAUUUUAUAAAUGCCCAAAUUAUUUUUAUAUUUUUACUUAGGAAACUGAAUAAACAGCCAAAUUUGUGGCUUUCUGGAACACUUUGUGAGACCCCCAUUGGAUCACCACGACUAGUUCUGUGUAACUUAGUUGAUGCCCUUUCAGUGAUAAACAUUAUGAUGUAAUGAAUAUUUACAGCAGAUGUAAUACUAGUUUUUGAAAUGCUUGGAACAGAAGAUAGCUUUUUAAAUGUCCAAUUAAAAGUAAUUGUCAGUUUUUAAAUGAUGGUAUUUUAAAAAUAUUUCAUGAGAAAUGAACUGUUUUCCAGUGUUGAAUGUUGGUAUAAUUGUGUAAGAGGUGCCCAAGUAAUUUACAAGUGUUAUUUAAAAUGCAAUUUUCCAUUUUUGCACCCCAAGUCCCAUUGUUAGUACCAAGAAAGAUUAAGCA